GCGGGGAGACAUGUUCUCUGCAACAACUCUUACCAGCAUCAUCAGCUUGACCACAUUUUGAAUGAGAAUCCCGCCAUCUCUCUCUCUCUCUCUCUCUCUCUCUCUCUCUCUUCAUCAACUUUUUCUAACUUUAGAUCGUCGCAACAUUCAAAACCUCUCCUUUUUCAUCCUGUUCACCAUUCCUUUUUCAGGUUCAAAGCAGAAUCGCAAUAACUACAACUCAUUCCUCUCUCUCUCUCUCUCCCCCCCUCUCUCAUCAACGAUGAAGUUACAAUCAUCAUCGUCUUCCUUUUCUUCCUCCACCAUUUCCACCUCCUCCGAUGCAUACUUAAGCAGCCCGAAAGGUGCACCAAGUGGUGGAUGCAUCGCAGGAGUCUUACGCAGAAUCCUCUGCUCUAGCAACCUCCCUACUCAUCCGUUUGAGUGCGACAACGACAGAGAUCAGUUCAAGUCCAAAGAGAAGAACGAACCAAACACAACUCCAGGAAUCGUCGCGAGGCUCAUGGGCUUGGAGUCUUUACCAAACACCAGCUCUGUGCACGCCCACAAAUCCCCUUGUUCAAUUUCAAGGAGCCGAUCCCUAAAUUACUUGGACUUCAAAGGAGACGAGCACGGCGACGAGACGAAAUGGCAGCAUCUCCAAGUCAGUUCGACGCUGUCGUUCCGGGAGACGCCGACAUACCUCGAGGUUGAAAACGAAGAGUUCUUGGUUUUGAACUUCGGAAACGGCAGUGGAAAAGAAGGGAGGAAGAGAAGAUCAAGCAAAAGCAAAAUUCAAGAGAGGCGAACAGGGGAGAGACGUGAAAAACCGAACAGGGAAAAUGAAAGGAGCGGAGCUACAGAGUCAAGCUCAGGCGAUUCAGUCUUGGCGAAUAAUGAUCUGGGCACACCACAAACAUUGCCUUCUCAGGUUGUGAAGAUGUGCCAAAGUGUUCGUAGCUUGGAAGCCGUGUGCGGCUCUGAAGAAGAUUCAAGCCCAGUUUCAGUUCUUGAUUUUGGCGAAUUCAUUAGCGACCCUCUAGUGUCCCCAUCAGAUGAAUCGGGAUUGGAACAUCCAAGCUCGAGGAAAAAGCUGACACCAGAGCUCGAAAACCAUGAGCACUCCUCUCCACGUAGCGACAGCGAUCUCCUAGAUGAUCAGCCGACGCAAAGCGAAGGCAAGUGUCUUGGAUCCAGGAAACAGAGGCAGAGCUUCUCAAAAAUGUGGAGCAAGAUCUGCAAGAUUAGCGAGAAAGAGACCAUCGAACUCGAUUGGUUGGACGGAAGAAUAGCGAAGCGCGAAGAUGUCGAAGGCAUCGGCCAAGAUCUGGAACUGCAGAUCUUUUUUGAGUUGUUAGAUGAGCUACUAGAUCAUAUGUCUCCAACUUCAGAAUGAGAAAUUUUGAGACUUGACUUUGUACAUUGACAAUAGAUAAUGCAAUAAAAUACACCGCAUCAACUUUCUGCAA